AUGCCCUCAAUCCGUGUUUCCUGCUCGCUCCUUCUACUCGCAGCUACCGCUCUCGCCGUGCCCGCCGACAGGCUUGAGAAGCGUGCCCCUCCGACCGUCACCCUCGACCAGGGUACCUUCGUGGGCGAAGCGGACGGCGACGUGAACAACUUCCUCGGCAUCCCGUUCGGAAAGCCCCCAACCGAAGACUUGCGUUUCAACCUACCCGUCGCCGUCGACGCGUACACUGGUACACAUAACGUGACCGCGUACGGGCCGUCGUGCCCCCAGCAGGCCCAAACCCAGCAGAGCCUCGCUGAGCUCCCCUCGGAUGUCGUGGACUACGCAAACACCACCGUGUUUGCCAGUAUCGAAUCCGCUGACGAAGACUGUCUCUCGCUGAACGUGAUCGUUCCUAAUGGAGCCAAGAUCGGAGACGACCUACCUGUCGCCGUGUGGGUUUUUGGAGGCGGAUUUCAAGUCGGCGGUUCGAGCAUGGCCAAAGGAGGUGUUGUGGUGAAGCGGUCGAUUGCUAUGAACGAGCCGACGAUCUUCGUGAGCAUGAACUAUCGUGUCUCUGCGUACGGCUUCCUCGCCAGCAAGGAAGUCAAGGAAGCUGGCGUCGGCAACCUCGGCCUCCAAGACCAACGUCUCGCUCUCCACUGGGUGCAGAAAUACAUUUCUCAGUUCGGAGGGGACCCGAGCAAGGUCACCAUCUGGGGCGCGAGCGCGGGUGCAAUUUCCGUCGCGCUCCACAUGGUCACCAACGGCGGUGACACCGAGGGACUCUUCCGCGGGGCGUUCAUGCAGAGCGGCUCGCCCAUUCCGGUCGGCGACAUCGAGCACGGACAGAGCGACUAUGACGCGAUAGUAAACCAGACCGGCUGUCAGGGUGCACCAGAUACGCUUCAGUGCCUCCGGAACGUUGACUUCGAUGUGCUCAAGAAGGCUGUCGACGCAUCGCCCUCAAUUCUCUCGUACCAGUCCCUCAGGCUCGCGUGGCUCCCCCGUGUAGACGGCGUCUUCCUCACCGAUGCGCCGCAGCAACUCGUCCUUGAUGGCAGCGUCGCUGACGUGCCUUUCGUCUCCGGGGACUGCGACGACGAAGGCACGCUCUUCUCGCUGGGGUCGCGGAAUGUGACGACGGACGACCAGUUCGCGCAGUACGUCAAGGAGAUCUACGUCCCCGACAUCACCGACGCCGAGCUCGACGCACUCCUCUCCGCCUACCCGAGCGACGUCACCCAGGGCUCCCCGUUCGACACUGGCGACCGCAACGCGAUCACGCCCCAGUUCAAGCGCAUCGCCGCCUUCCAGGGAGACCUCGUGUUCAACGCCGCCCGCCGCUUCUUCAUCCAGCAACGCGCCGACGACCAGCCCGUGUACUCCUUCCUGAGCAAGCGCUUCAAGUGGGUCCCCACCCUCGGCUCAGUCCACGGCUCGGACCUGGUGAACGUAUUCGGUCCUGCGGAGCUCACAGACUACCUGAUCAACUUCGCGAACAACCUGAACCCGAACGGGGCCACGAUCACGAUGGACGACUUCCGCAAUGAGUCGAUGGCGUACGCUGUCGAGCUUGCUCUCAAGUACCCCCUUUGA